AUGUCCUCUUUAUUGCAGGGUGAAUCUCCCUAUAAUUUCCAGUCUCUCGGUCCUCCUCCGCAAUAAUGUUCAGCGAUAUGAAAUGUUUCUUGCCUUCCUUCUUAGUGUUGAAUACUCAUAUUUCUGCUAGUUCCCUCUCUCUCCCUCUCCACACAUACACGCGCACACACAGUCUUGUACAACUAACCUUGUGGGGACACACAAUUCAGUUCUAUUCAAAAUUAUAUUUUCCUAACCCAUAACCUUAACCCUAACCUUAACCUGAAAACCUAACCCUAAACCUAACCCUAGUUCCUAACCCUAACCCCAAAACUAACACUAGUUCCUAACCCUAACACUAAUUCUAACCAUAACCCUAAACCCCCUAGAAAUAGCAUUUGACCUUGUGGGGACCAACAAAAUGUCCCCAGUUGGUCAAAUUGUUGUUCGUUUACUAUUCUUGUGGGGACAUCUGGUCCACACAAGUAUAGUUAAACACGUCCACACACACACACACACACACGCUCUAUUUCUAUCCAUCUAUCUCUGUCUCUCUCUUCUUCUCUCUCUCUCUCUCUCUCUCUCUCUCUCUCUCUCCCCCCCCUCGCUCUCUCACGUUCUCUCUCUCUCUCUCUCUCUCUCUCUGUCCCUCUAUUUGCCUGUGGUGGAGGCCUGUGGAAGCUUAAUUUGUUGUCUACAGCUUUUCUCCUCCUCCCUCCCUCCCUCUCUCUCUCCUCCCUCCAUCCCCCUCUCCCUCCCUCUCUCUGUGUCAGUGCUGCAGUGUGGUGUUCUGUCUGUUAAACAGGUUAGCUGUUAGCAGGAGCCAGGGGGAUAACAUCUUAGAGAUGGGGCUCCUAGGGGACUCCCAACAGGCGCUUAGCUCACUGACGUCCUCUCUUCUUACCUCCUGACCACUAUUAUGUCUGUCUGCCUCAACAAACUCCACCCUGACCCCCUCUAGUGUACACCGACUCUCUCACACACACACACAUAUACACACACAACCAUGUACACACACACAUCCAUCUACACACACUCAUCGCUGUGUACACACAGCGCUGCUCAGGCUAACAUUCAGAAGACAGAUAUUUGUGUGCGUGCAAUCGUGACUUGGAUUCUAUGAAUGUUAUUUAUGGAAAUAGGCAACAGAGUGUCUAUUUAGACCCACUGUGUGUUUCUCUGUGAAUAGCAAAGAUACUGGCUGUGCCCGAAUACCCAUACCAAAUCGAGCAUACUUUAAAUGCCCGGAUGUCAUAAUAAUUUUGGCUUUGACAACAGCUGAUCGAUUAGAUAUGGGGAUGCGCUACCGAAAUCAACAAAUAGCGGGAAACAACGGAAUGGCGCAAUGCGCAAUCUCAGUAUGCAAAAAUAUAAUGUUUUAUAGUAUGUGCAUUUUUGAAAAUCAAGUAUGGUUUAAAUGCCAGGAUGUUAUACUCAUUUCAGCUCUUUAUCUAUUAGAAUUCGAUGCACACUUUUCCACAAUGCAUUGGAAGAGGUGGGCUGCGAGUGAUAGGCCCUAGUUCUCUUCAAGUAGCCAAACAACAAAACUAGGCUACUUAAUAGGGAAGAUGCAGAAUAGCGAAGCUUUUGCGGUGGUGUUCAUAUGUAGGCUAAGUAGUUUUUGUUCUCCUUAAAACGAGUAUUGCAUCAUAGGCUACAUCAUCUUUUUUUUAUACCCAAAGUGGAUUUCUGUUUUCUCAUUGAAAAUAGUUUAUUGUUCUCUUGUCCUUCGUCAGAGCUUUUAAACUAAAUACUAAACCAUCUUCUGAUUUCUGAAUGUGUCGGCACCAGGGAUUCGGGAUGUGGCUGCGUUAUUGAUGUCAUGUUAAUCAGGCCUUUUGAUUUUAAUGAUGGAUUGUUUAGUUUCGUAGGCUAGGCUACCUAUUUCAUUAUUUAAUUUAUGGAUCAAGCCGUAGCAGUCAUUUUGAUCUUGUUCCCAAUGAUCAGUUCUUUAGUUUCAUUAUGUUGCUGUCCAGUGGUUCUGAAUUUGCAAUACACCCGACUUUCCACAUUUGUCUGUGCAAUAGCCUUUUGAUUUGAACUUGUGAAAAGUUUUGGUGUGUGUACUAGGCUAUUUAAUGUAAUUGAUAUAUGAUACAGCACUUUAGUUUCACUAAUAAAUAUGUUGAAAUGGAACCAAAUGAUCUGUUUCUGUCUCCAGUCCUUUUAAAAUAGGCUAGAUGGGCUACAUGGUCUACUACGAUAUAGGUUGAAUGUGAUAGUCCGCCUAUAACCAGCCUGAGUAGUCCUAGAACUCCAUUCCUAUUCUAUUCAGAGUUUAGAGAAAUUAAUCGAAUUGGAAAUGAGCUAUUAUCAGGCUGGUUAAUGCAAAGCAUGUCUGUUGAAUUUGGAAAAAUCCAGCGCACUCGGCCCCGCCCCACCUACUAUGCCAAUCAGGAGCCGUUACUGUGUUACUAAAUAGUAUGCGACGAUGAGUACAUAGUAUGCAUUGUAUUUCCUGCAGUCAAAUUACCUAGUGGCCUCAUGGGUGGAAGUUAUUAAUAUUUUUCAUAAUUUCAUAAUUAAUCAACAUUAUUUAAAAGAAAACACAGAAAAUCCGGUGUUACUAUGUCAAACAGUUUUGCUAUAUUUCAAUAUUUUGUAAUGUAUGUAAAGUGUAAUAUUGGGAUGCAAACUCAAAAUGGAAUACAUUUCAACUCUAUAUCUGACAUGGUACGGGUGUCUUCUUUUUUGUAAGCCCAUAACCAUGUGUGUGAGGUGUAUACUUUUGUUUCAAAGUAGAUUUAAGACUACAAAGAAACAAUCUGUGUGACCCUAAUUUAGCCCACUGCAGUAAUUAAGUAUGUAGUAUGCUAGUAUGGGUAUUCGGACACGGCCACUGAGUUAUGACAUUUGUUCCGCCGUGGUCUGUCUUCCGCUACACUGGAUACAAAAUUACUUCAAUAUAGAGUAGUUCCCCAAUGGCAUUUUGCAUUUUGAUUGUAAACAGUCUGACAACACAAUGUGAGUAUAUUAUGAACAAAACCUAGAGAAAUGAAUAAAUUCUACCAAUGUAUUGUUCUAGAGUCUAGGUCCUACUGUCACGAUCGUCGUAAUGAUUGGACCAAGGCGCAGCGUGAAAUGCGUACAUCUUUUAUUGAGUACUUACACACAGCAACAAAACAACAAAACGAAACGUGAAGUCCUCGGUCAUAAACACAAACCUACACGGAACAAGAUCCCACAAAAGACAAGUGCACAACAGGCUGCCUAAGUAUGGUUCCCAAUCAGAGACAACGAGCCACAGCUGUCUCUAAUUGGGAACCACCCCGGCCAACAUAGAAACACAUAAACUAGAACAAGAACAUAGAAAACGAAACAUAGAACCUAACACCCAGAAACGAACACAUAGAAACUAACACCCUGGCUCAACAUAUAAAAGUCCCCAGAGCCAGGGCGUGACACCUACACUUUACCUUGGCAUUGUAGUUAGACUUUAACCAGCCCUGCCUGCUGUAAAAUCCUGGCCUGGACAGUUUGUUUAUGAUUAGGAGCUACACCAAUCUACUGCAGAGGAGUAAACAUACCAAACUUCCUUCAGUUUCAGUUCUUCGAGGCAGAUUAGAGUUUCUCUCUGUUUGCCUUAUGUUGUAAGGACACUGUUUCGUAAGGUUUCCAGCGCCUUGGUUACACCUAAGCAACCUUUUAUGUGUCCACUGUUGACACAGACUCUUCUUGUGAACCUUUUCUUACCCUUUAUGGCCCUCUGUCUACUGUAUAAUUAGUGUGCCUCUCCGCUACCAGGUAUUGCAGUAACAUCAAGCAGAAACCAUUACACAUCCAUUAAAUUAGUAUCCAUUUUGAGAGUACAGUACCAGUACCUGUAUUAACUCUGACUCACUUACAUGAAGCACUGGAUCAAUUUGCACCUCAUUAUUUAAACAGUAUGGGGUGAGUUUAGUAGACUUCCUCCUGUAAGUGCAAACAUCUGUGUGUGUGGCUAACUAUUUCAUUACUAAGGUCAUUUGAAGUCACUACUCUGGCUCCCCUGUCGACUCCCUGGUUACGUCACAAAUUGGGUGCCAUUUGGGAGGCAGCCCAUGUAACAAACUGUAGGUCUAGCUGCAUGUCUCCGCGGCGACGCCAUGCCCUCUCUCCCCAGAAGGUCUUCCUACCAGUCUGAGAAAACAAAACAAGGAGGGAGGGAUACAUCUGGCAAUGCUUCACAUCCCGAAACCUGGCUGGCCUUAUUUAUUCUCUCUCUCUCUCUCUCUCUCUCUCUCUCUCUCUCUCUCUCUCUCUCUCUCUCUCUCUCUCUCUCUCGUCUUGUCCCUUCUCUUAUCCUGGAGUAAUCCUUUACUCCGGCCUGGGUCCCUGUAUUCUCCCACACACAGCCACUCAGCCAUUGUUUCCCUCCAGGAGCUGUUCUGUUUCUGCAGAGGGAGGGGGCAGGCUGGCUUUCUGUCUGCCCAGGGCAGUGUGGGAAACAUGGGGUAGGUGGUGGGUGACAGACCCUUGGCCCUGGGUAAAUUGGUGACAGAGGGGAAAUGAGUCCAAACUCAAUCAGAGGAUCUGGGUGGAAGGUGCCCGUAGGCACAGAUCAUGAAUUAUUUUACCUCCUAGAAAUCUGAUCUCAAUAUACAGUAAAAGACACACCAAAUCCUUCGCUGGUGCUUGAUCGAUGAUGAACUCUGUAUUGUAGGGUUGGUGGCACAGAUCUAGGAUCAGUUUACCUUCCCUUAGGAGUGGUAGCACUAAACUGUCAUCCAUGUCCAUGGGCAACAUACUCUGAGGGACAUACCCAUCCCUUGUCUGACUCUUGGCUGAUGAUGUCAUCUGUAUUCUGUGUAGUUGGGGGUGCUAUUGACUGUAUGAUCCUCCAUACCCUUGGUUAGCACCCCACCGCCAAGUGGCUGUGAUUUUGUACUUCUUUGAUUCAGUAAUUCAGUUGGGUGUCCAAUGUUCAUCAAUCAUACUGCCUCCUCAGUCAUAAAACAAUCAUAUCAAAGUGAAAUCAGUUUUGUUGUUGUAUUACUAAAUUAUUGGUAGAAAUGAUUGAUGUGUACCCCUAUCCCCCUUACAAGUUAGGCUACAUGACAUUAGAAAAUAAGUAGCCUACUGAUAUAUGAAUGCAAUUUAUUUAUUUAUUUCUGCGAAAUAAACUGUCAAUACACAUCAGCUUUGUUUUCCAUGAAAGGGAGCGCUAAAAGCCUUUUAAAUGGGAUGUGGAGAGAGGAAGAGAGACGGGGGGAGAGAGGAAGAGAUACGGGGGGGUGUUUGACUCACAGCACAGCAGACUGCUCCCUCCGGACUAGAGCAGCCUAUAUUCGGAGUCGUUGUGCAGGGUAGCUCAAAGGGCAGGCUGCGGCCAAUUCCCAGGGAUGCAAAAAUUGUCGGAAAACAAGCAGUGAUUAGCGCGCACAGGAAUGCGACCCAAAUUGAAGUGGUGUGUCUUUGGGAAUCCAUGCGGGGUUCCAUGGAGUAAUGUUUCACCUCUUUAGUAAAUCGUAAGUGUUCUUAUCUUAUCUUGCUUUCAUGUUUUCAUAAAAACUUGGUUGGUGUGUGUUGAUGAUGGAUACGGUUGUUGCGCGCUGUUUGAUUUUGCGACCUCUGCCCUCUUUCCCUCAGGUAUGUUUAGCCUAAACAAAUUAUUGUCGCUAGCUACACUAUUGCAAACAGCUGUUACAUAAUGUUUACAAAGGUUAUGGCUUGGAGAAUAUAGUUACUGGAAUUGGAAUGCUAUUCGGGUAAACAGGAAAAUGUCUAGCAGACUGCUUGGAAAAGGGUCGAGAACGAAGGAUUAGGGACGCCAGACGCGUUCAGAUUUGUAGAUGGAAAUAUUCAGUGCCAGGGGCAAAUCUACUGUAGUGCAGAACAAGACAGCAAAGCAUAUAGUUCAGUUUACUAUUGUGAGAAAAUUGCUUGUAAUAAUUUGGUUAUUCAUUUAUCUCUAUAGUCAAUUGUAUCGUUCUAUUGUUGUGUUUUUAUCUAGAAUAGUUCUGUUGUUGAGAAAAUACAGAGAGAGAGAGAGCACAGGAGAGGGAGAGGGAGAGAGAGAGCAGGGCGAGAGAGGGAGAGAGAGAGAGAGAGAGAGAGAGAGAGAGAGAGAGAGAGAGAGAGAGAGAGAGCAGGGCGAGAGAGAGAGAGAGAGAGAGAGAGAGAGCCCAUAAACUUGCUCUGAAUACCAGUUCAGCCAUGCUCUAGUGUUUUUCCUUGUCAGUGUUACCAUACUUUAUCUGCCUAAGAAGUUUUUGCUUAUUGCAGGCAAGCCUCAAUUCCUCCAUUCUUGAUGACUUCUGUCUCCUUUCCUAUCCAUUGCCAUGGUGGGUACAUGUGACUUUGUAAAGGAAGAGGUCAAGAGCUCCUUCUAACUUUUCAUCCUCCUUUUCUCAUCUCCUCUUCUUACAGUACUAUCACCUCCCUUACAUAGCCGCUGGAAGUAGGGGUGCUGAGGGUGCUACAGCACCCCCUAAAAAAUCUUAAUAAAACAAUUAUAAUAUAUAUAUAUAUAUAUAUAUAUAUAUAUAUAUAUAUAUAUAUAUACACACUACCGUUCAAAAGUUUUAGAAAAUCUACUCAUUCAAGGGUUUUUCUUUAUUUUUAUAAUUUUCUACAUUGUAGAAUAAUAGUGAAGACAUCAAAACUAUGAAAUAACACAUAUGGAAUCAUGUAGUAACCAAAAAAGUGUUAAACAAAUCAAAAUAUAUUUGAGAUUUGAGAUUCUUCAAAUAGCCACCCUUUGCAUUGAUGACAGCUUUGCACACUCUUGGGAUUCUCUCAACCAGCUUCAUGAGGUAGUCACCUGGAAUGCAGUUCAAUUAACAGGUGUGCCUUCUUAAAAGUUAAUUUGUGGAACUUCUUUCCUUCUUAACAACUUUGAAAGUUUCUUCAAGUGCAGUCGCAAAAACCAUCAAGCGCUAUGAUGAAACUGUCUCUCAUGAGGACCGCCACAGGAAUGGAAGACCCAGAGUUACCUCUGCUGCAGAAUAUACAUUCAUUAGAGUUAACUGAACCUCAGAAAUUGCAGCCCAAAUAAAUUAAUCACAGAGUUCAAGUAACAGACACAUCUCAACAUCAACUGUUCAGAGGAGACUGUGUGAAUCAGGCCUUCAUGGUCUAAUUGCUGCAAAGAAACCACUACUAAAGGACACCAAUAAGAAGAAGAGACUUGCUUGGGCCAAGAAACACAAGCAAUGGACAGUAGACCGGUGGAAAUUGUCCUUUGGUCUGGAGUCCAAAUUGUUAAUUUUUGGUUCCAACCGCCGUGUCUUUGUGAGACGCGUGUGGGUGAAUGGAUGAUCUCUGCAUGUGUAUUUCCCACCAUAAAGCAUGGAGGAGGAGGUGUUAUGGUGUGGGGGUGAUUUGCUGGUGACACUGCCUGUGAUUUAUUUAGAAUUCAAGGCACACUUAACCAGCAUGGCUACCACAGCAUUCUGCAGCGAUACGAUUAGUGGGACUAUCAUUUGUUUUUCAACAGGACAACAAGAAGGAGAGUGAUGGAGUGCUGCAUCAGAUGACCUGGCCUCCACAAUCCCCUGACCUCAACCAAAUUGAGAUGGUUUGGGAUGAGUCGGACCGCAGAGUGAAGGAAAAGCAGCCAACAAGUGCUCAGCAUAAGACAGUUGGAAAAGCAUUCCAGUUGAAGCUGGUUGAGAGAAUGCCAAGAGUGUGCAAAGCUGUCAUCAAGUCAAAGGGUGGCUAUUUGAAGAAUCUCAAAUAUAAAAUACAUUUUGAUUUGUUUAACACUUUGUUGGUUACUACAUGAUUCCAUAUGUUAUUUCAUAGUUUUGAUGUCUUCACUAUUAUUCUACAAUGUAGAAAAUAGUAAAAAAUCAAGAAAAACCCUUGAAUGAGUAGGUGUUCUAAAACGUUUUACCUGUAGUGUAUAUUGUUAUUAUUAUUAGUAGUAAUAUUAUUAUUAUUUUCUUCAGAUUUCUCAGGGGGUGCUGUAGCACCCUCAGCACCACUACUUCCAGUGGCUAUGUAAGGGAGGUGAUAGUACUCUACAGCACCCUUACUUAUAUAUACAAAUAAUAAAAUAUAAUAAAUAAAUAAAACGAAUCAGAAAAGUACUGCACUGGGUCUUUUACUAGUCCUGUAUUAGCGGACCGAUAUAGCCAUCUGUAGCGUGGGCACAAAAAAAAAACCUUUGUGUACUAGGCCUUUACUAGUUCGGUAUUAGCGUUUUAAAAAAUCACAGCAUCCCAACUCCCAGAUAUCUUCCCUCGGCUAUGUUCCCUUAGCAUUAAUAUAAGGAUGUUAUUGUUAAGUAACGGUUUAAGUAAGAAGCCUGCUUGCUUGUAACUAAUUUAUAUUUUCCCCAGCAGCUCAUAUACUGAAUGCUGCAUGAUAACAAUUAUGUAAUGUGUUUAUUUGACUGCUCAUCCUCUUUUUCCUUCCUACACACACACACACACACACACACACACACACACACACACACACACACACACACACACACACACACACACACACAUACACACACACUCGCUCUCUCAGCAGGGAGUAGCCUAGUUAAAACCCAUAGUCAUGCUUACCAUCACUCUGUCUACUAAUAGUCUCCAUUCUCCUAUUUAUUAUUGAAACCGCUCUACUGUAGGGCUAUAGAGAGAUGCUGCUUUCAUUUAAAUUGUGUAGAAGGGCUCCUCUGAAAGCCCACUUCACUUUAGAAAGUAUUGUAUUGUAUUUAUUAUGUAUCCCAUUAGCUGCUGCCAAGGAAGCAGCUACUCUUCCUGGGGUCCAACACAUUUUUACCUUUAUUUAACUAGGCAAGUCAGUUAAGAACAAAUUCUUAUUUACAAUGACGGCCUACCAAAAGGCAAAAGGCCUGAGUAUACCAAACAUUAGGAACACCUUCCAAAUAUUGAGUUGCACCCCACCCCCUUUUGCCCUCAGAACAGCCUCAAUUUGUCGGGGCAUGGACUCUACAAGGUGUCGAAAGCGUUCCACAGGGAUGCUGGCCAAUUUUGACUCCAAAGCUUCCCACAGUUGUGUCAAGUUGGCUGGAUGACCUUUGGGUGGUGGACCAUUCAUGAUACACACGGGACUGUUGAGCAUGAAAAACCAAGUAGCGUUGCAGUUCUUGACACAAACACCGUUCAAAGGCACUUAAAUAUUUUGUCUUGCCCAUUCACCCUCUGAAUGGCACACACACACAAUCCAUGUCCCAAUUGUCUCAAGGCUUAAAAAUCCUUAUUUAACCUGUCUCCUCCCCUUCAGCAAAAACUGAUUGAAGUGGAUUUAACAAAUGACAUCAAUAAGGGAUCAUAGCUUUCACCUGGAUUCACCUGGUCAGUCUAUGUCAUGGAAAGAGCAGGUGUUCAUAAUGUUUUGUAUACUCAGUGUAUAGGCCUAUAGAGAGAAUUAGCGAACUCACACACACACCCCGUAAAAGCACUCAUCAAUCAAAGCCACAGGUGUACAGUUGAAGUCAGAAGUUUACAUACACUUUGGUUGGAGUCAUUAAAACUGGUUUUUCAACCACUCCACAAAUUUCUUGUUAACAAACUAUAGUUUUGGAAAGUCGGUUAAGACAUCUACUUUGUGCAUGACACAAGUCAUUUUUCCAAUAAUUGUUUACAGAUAGAUUAUUUGACUUACAAUUCGCUGUAUCACAAUUCCAGUGGGUCAGAAGUUUACAUACACCAAGUUGACUGUGCAUUUAAACAGCUUGGAAAAAUCCAGAAAAUGAUGUCAUGGCUUUAGAAGCUUCUGAUAGGCUAAUUGACAUCAUUUGAGUCAAUUGGAGGUGUACCUGUGGAUGUAUUUCAAGGCCCACCUUCAAACUCAGUGCCUCUUUGCUUGACAUCAUGGGAAAAUCAAAAGAAAUCAGCCAAGACCUCAGAAAAAAGAUUGUUGACCUCCACAAGUCUGGUUCAUCCUUGGGAGCUAUUUCCAAACACCUGAAGGUACCACGUUCAUCUGUACAAACAAUAGUACACAAGUAUAAACACCAUGGGACUACGCAGCCGUAAUACCACUCAGGAAGGAGACUCGUUCUGUCUCCUAGAGAUGAACGUACUUUGGUGCGAAAAGUGCAAAUCAAUCCCAGAACAACAGCAAAUGUCCUUGUGAAGAUGCUGGAGGAAACAGGUACAAAAUUAUCUAUAUCCACAGUAAAACAAGUCCUAUAUCGACAUAACCUGAAAGGCCGCUCAGGAAGGAAGAAGCCACUGCUCCAAAACCGGCAUAAAAAAAGCCAGACUACGGUUUGCAAUUGCACAUGGGGACAAAGAUCUUACUUUUUGGAGAAAUGUCCUCUGGUCUGAUGAAACAAAAAUAGAACUGUUUGGCCAUAAUGACCAUCGUUAUGUUUGGAGGAAAAAGGGGUCUGCUUGCAAGCCGAAGAACACCAUCCAAACUGUGAAGCACGGGGGUGGCAGCAUCAUGCUGUGGGGGUGCUUUUCUGCAGGAGGGACUGGUGCACUUCACAAAAUAGAUGGCAUCAUGAGGAAAGAAAAUUAUGUGGAUAUAUUGAAGCAACAUCUCAAGACAUCAGUCAGGAAGUUAAAGCUUGGUCGCAAAUGGGUCUUCCAAAUGGACAAGCAUACUUCCAAAGUUGUGGCAAAAUGGCUUAAGGCCAACAAAGUCAAGGUAUUGGAGUGGCCAUCACAAAGCCCUGACCUCAAUCCUAUAGAAAAUGUGUGGGCAGAACUGAAAAAGCGUGUGCGAGCAAGGAGGCCUACAAACCUGACUCAGUUACACCAGCUCUGUCAGGAGGAAUGGGCCAAAAUUCACCCAACUUAUUGUGGGAAGCUUGUGGAAGGCUACCCGAAACGUUUGACCCAAGUUAAACAAUAUAAAGGCAAUGCUACCAAAUACUAAUUGGGUGUAUGUAAACUUCUGACCCACUGGGAAUGUGAUGAAAGAAAUAAAAGCUGAAAUAAAUCAUUCUCACUACUAAUAUUCAGACAUUUCACAUUCUUUAAAUAAAGUGGUGAUCCUAACUGACCUAAGACAGGGAAUUUUUACUAGGAUUAAAUGUCAGGAAUUGUGAAAAACUGAGUUUAAAUGUAUUUGGCUAAGGUGUAUGUAAACUUCGACUUCAACUGUAUGUCAGACACAAGCAAAUAUUCAUCCUUUCCUUAACACUAGAACUACCUGGCCUUUGAGCCUGUAAAUACCCGCUAGAGAAUGUUGCCUGGCGUCGCUUUAGCAUAUCCAUCAGAUGCAUAUCAACCCGCACAAACAUAAGCACCAAUGCUUGAUAGAUAGUGCAUAAACUAUUGUAAAGGAUUAAUUGCAUUAAUAAAUAUAUACAUUAAAAAAACUAACAACAAUAGUUAUUUGUUUAGUUGAGUGUAAUCCAUUUGAUCAACUUUAUUUGUAGAUUUGAUUAGUAAUAGAGUUAUAGUAAUUAAUAAACUCCAAUUACAGCUUCUUUUGACAAAGUAGACAGUAAAAUAUAAUAAUAUAACCAUCCAGGUGCACAGGUAAAAUGAUUUGCCGUAGUCUAAAACAAAAUCACCAGUGCAUGAACAAUUGGAAAGGAUGAAAUGCAUAAAGAAAUAUUAGUGGAAAUAUAUUCAUGACAAGAUUUGUUGAUUGUAUCGGACACUGUAUUGUGCCCUUAUACGGAUGCCUUUACGCACCAAUCAGUCUUCUCUUUAUGCUUCGGGGUACAGUCUGCACACAGCUUCGGGGCUUUGUGUGAGGAAAAAGUCCACCCCAUACCUAUCAGACCAAAAUGACUCAACAUCCAUGCUCUUUCCACCGUAUGCCCCGCGGACAUACAAGAGUCCAAUAAAUGCUUUGAGUUCAUCCAUAGACAUGUCCCACAUACUGUUUCCUUUUCUGUGCGCAUGAGUAAUAGUACAAUUAAUCUCUGAUGUGCUGCAACAUCUGCAUGUCACUUAAGCUCUUUUCUAACCAAACCCUGCCAUCCCUCCCAGACUCCUGUCUCACCGUGGCAGUUGGGAUCACCGUCUUAGUUGUCUCUGUUCUGAUUUUUCUGCGGCAAGGCUCAGGCAUCGGAAGCGGAGGCUCGAAGUCAACAUCAGAAUCAGAUGAAGACUCUUCAUCAGCAACGUCUAUUUCAAGCUCAAUAUCCGAUCCUCCACCCAACUCCAACUCAUCUAAAUUCUGCAGCAUUUGCAAUGCUGUCAGUGCAUCCAUUUGUUUGAUUCGGCUUUCCAUGGUGAACUACAGACGUUGUACAGUCGUGGUCAAAAGCUUUGAGAAUGACACAGGUAUUGGUCUUCACAAAGUUCGCUGCUUCAGUGUUAUAAGAUAUAUUUGUCAGAUGUUACUAUGGUAUACUGAAGUAUAAUUACAAGCAUUCCAUAAGUGUCAAAGGCUUUUAUUGACAAUUACAUUAAGUUUCUGCAAAGAGUCAAUAUUUGCAGUGUUGACCCUUCUUUUUCAAGACCUCUGCAAUCCGCCCUGGCAUGCUGUCAAUUAACUUCUGGGCCACAUCCUGACUGAUGGCAGCCCAUUCUUGCAUAAUCAAUGCUUGGAGUUUGUCAGAAGUUGUGGGUUUUUGUUUGUCCACCUGCCUCUUGAGGAUCGACCACAAGUUCUCAAUGGGAUUAAGGUCUGGGGAGUUUCCUGGCCAUGGACCCAAAAUGUCGAUGUUUUGUUCCCCGAUCCACUUAGUUAUCACUUUUGCCUUAUGGCAAGGUGCUCCAUCAUGCUGGAAAAGGCAUUGGUCUUCACCAAACUGUUCUUGGAUGGUUGGGAGAAGUUGCUCUCGGAGGAUGUGUUGGUACCAUUCUUUAUUCAUGGCUGUGUUCUUAGGCAAAAUUGUGAGUGAGCCCACUCCCUUGGCUGAGAAGCAACCCCACACAUGAAUGGUCUCAGGAUGCUUUACUGUUGGCAUGACACAGGACUGAUGGUAGCGCUCACCUUGUCUUCUCCGGACAGAGUGUUUUCCGGAUGCCCCAAACAAUCGGAAAGAGGAUUCAUCAGAGAAAAUGACUUUACCCUAGUCCUCAGCAGUCCAAUCCCUGUACCUUUUGCAGAAUAUCAGUCUGUCCCUGAUGUUUUUCCUGGAGAGAAGUGGCUUCUUUGCUGCCCUUCUUGACACCAGGCCAUCCUCCAAAAGUCUUCGCCUCACUGUGCGUGCAGAUGCACUCACAACUGCCUGCUGCCAUUCCUGAGCAAGCUCUGCACUGGUGGUGCCCCGAUCCCGCAGCUGAAUCAACUUUAGGAUACGGUCCUGGCGCUUGCUGGACUUUCUUGGGUGCCCUGAUGCCUUCUUCACAACAAUUCAACCUCUCUCCUUGAAGUUCUUGAUGAUCCGAUAAAUGGUUGAUUUAGGUGCAAUCUUACUAGUAGCAAUAUCCUUGCCUGUGAAGCCCUUUUUGUGCAAAGCAAUGAUGACGGCACGUGUUUCCUUGCAGGUAACCAUGGUUAACAGAGGAAGAACAAUGAUUUCAAGCACCACCCUCUUUUUAAAGCUUCCAGUCUGUUAUUCUAACUCAAUCAGCAUGACAGAGUGAUCUCCAGCCUUGUCCUCGUCAACACUCUCACCUGUGUUAACGAGAGAAUCACUGACAUGAUGGCAGCUGGUCCUUUUGUGGCAGGGUUGAAAUGCAGUGGAAAAGUUUUUGGGGGAUUAAGUUAAUUUUCAUGGCAAAGAGGGACUUUGCAAUUAAUUGCAAUUCAUCUGAUCACUCUUCAUGACAUUCUGGAGUAUAUGCAAAUUACCAUCAUCGAAACUGAGGCAGCAGACUUUGUGAAAAUUAGUUUUUGUGUCAUUCUCAAAACUUUUGACCACGACUGUAUGUUUUACUCGAUGUCUGAUUUGACUCUCCGAGAGGAAAUUAUAUACAAUUUUCAGCCUUUUAUAAUAAAAUAAUUAGACCGCCCACAACGCCCAUAAUUAUUCAUCAUCAUUACACUAUUGUUCUAAAUUCAAUCAUCCUUUUCACCCUCAUCAUUCCGAUCAAUCAAAUUCAAUCACCAUCUUCACCCUCCUCAUCAUUCAGUUCAUUGAAGUCACAUGCACCAUUAUCAGUUUCUAUCUGGUUUUUAUCGCCCAUUCAUCCAUUGACCACAAAAUAGCAUAUUUAAAUUGUAAGUUUAUUACGUUACUAGUUUUUGCUUAGUAGCCAGAGCAAUGCUGCCGCACAAGUGGUCAUGUGCUGAAUGCAUGCACAGCACAAAUAUUCUUGGAAAAAAUUAAAUUUAUAAAUAGAACUCCCUGUUGCUACUACCUCUCAGUGGUCUGCGGGUCAGAGGGCACACAGCCUGCUCCAACAUGAGGCUUCCUCUCGUCCAGUGACCUGAGAGAUUGGAAACCAACCUAUCUGUCUCUCUGAAUCAGUGUCAUAGGGUAUGUUCUUCUACCCCGUCUUGCGCUCUCUUUCUCCACAUCCUCUGUUAGCGGGGCACCAUGCUGUGUAUUUGAGAUCACAUUGAGGCCAGAGGGGGAUGAGCUAUGAGCUGAUGCUGGUCUAUGUCUAUGCAUGAAGGUCUCCUGUUAAUCAUAUAGUUCAUCAAGCUUGGUAUUCACACUCAUGUCUCCUGUUCUUUCUAUACACAUAUUUUCCAGACACUUUAUAUCACUAGUCUCACAAGUCAAGACUGGAAAUGGAGCUAGUAUCAAUAGCUUACCAAACAUGUAUCUCAAGGAGUAUAAUAUGCUUUCCUUCUGACAGUCAUCCUCAUUAACCUCUGACCCCUGACGUGAUUGGUUCAUUAAGGGUCCUUUAUCAGCCUGACCUUUGAACCUCAUUAAUGCAUCCCAGUUACCAUGGCAAUGUUGAAGGUCAGGGAGUUACUCUAUAAGACCACUUUACUCCUGCAGUGAUCACUGUGACCCCCCCCACCCCCCCCUCCCAGUCUCAUUCAAAAUCCUAUUUUCCCUAACCCCUAACCCUAACCCUAGACCUAACCCUAACCCUAGCUCUAACUCUAACUCUUACCCUAACCCUAACCGUAACCCCAAAACCUAACCUUAACCCUAAACCUAGCUCCUAACCCUAAACCUAAUUUGAACCCUAACACUAAUUCUAACCUUAACCCUAAACGCCCUAGAAAUAGCAUUUGACCUUGUGGGGACCAACAAAAUGUCCCUAGUUGGUCAAAUCGUUGUUUGUUUACUAUUCUUGUGGGGACAUCUGGUCCGCACAAGUAUAGUUAAACAUGUCCACACACACACACACACACACACACAAUGAUUAUAGCUUUGGCUAGUUCCGCAACACCACUCCAUGUUCUCAGCACAUGGAAACAGUUUGGUAUAUUCUAUUCAUCAUCUGUCUGUAAUUUCCUAAAGUGGUCAUCACUGGAGAGUGACAUAAUAAUAAGCUGAUGAUCUGGUCUGCUCUGCUCUGGUCAGGUCUGGUCAGCUCAUCCUCUGGUCUGUUAAAGUGGACAGCUGCUCUGCUACUUUAAACAACGAGGACCAUGACAUCAUGCCAUCAGUCUGUGAGGCAGCCAGCUCUACAGAUGCAGCUGAAUAGGCUGUAUCCUCUUUCCUCUCUGUGUCCUAUAGCAGAUGUUACACAUAAUACGCAGAAAACCUCCCACCGAGCAUGUAACGUGAUCUUUCAUAGUAAUGUAUGUGUGGUGCAUGUGUGCAUAUCUGUGUGUGUAUUAUAUCUGUGUGUGUGUUGGUUUGGUUUCACCUGGUGACCUAUGCGCCCUAGCCCCGGCUGUGUUGGAUCCACAGCAGAUGUUGUUUAACCUCAGGACUUCAGCUCCCAGACAGCAUUACCCACAAUGCACUGCUGCUUUGCUGUGAGUCAGUGAGCCAGGUAUCCCGACGGGCUCCUAAAGGGUCCUGGCAGAGAGCGAUAGAAAGCCAGAGAGAUGAUGUCAUUUACAGCCAACACAGCUUUCUGCUCUCUUUGUGUGUGCAUGCGUAUGCGUGUCACAGCCCUCAAAAAGCUCCCUCUCUUUUUCCUUUUGCUAGAACAAAUUCAUGUCUCUGUGUUCAGCUGUUGCUUUCAUACAGUCUCUGUGCUUUCACGUCUCCUCUCAGUGAGGCAGGCAGCAGGCUCAAAGAGAAAGGGUGUGUUUUCUGUGAUUAUUUCUCAUAAAGGGGUAGAAGCACGGUAUGGCUUAGUCUUUCAUCCCUUGUUGUUUGGUUCAAGGCUGCUUGAGGGCACCUGUUUUUUCCUCCCUCUCCCUGGUGUAAUCCCCUUGUUUUGUCUUGUGUACAUUAGUCUCUGAGAGAAUGAGAGAGUGAGUGGUCCUCUCUUCUUCCUCUGUCUGUACAAGGCUAGAUGGCACUAAUUCAACAGCACCAGACCGCGGCUACUCUCUCCAUUCUUUCUCUCCCGCUCUCUCACCCUCUCUCAAAACCAAUCAAGGCCACCCAUUGUGUCAGAUGGCCAUUGGGUAAUUAUUAUAUCUGGCUGAGGCUUCUAUGGGAAGAGAUUCCACUGUAAGGAGCAUCAUUGAGUUGCCUGGGAUGGCUGAUGCUGCAUUAGCUCAAUGGCUCCAGCUUUGGAUAAAAGUGUCUCGUCUGAGUGUAUUUGCGGAGUGUAUUUGAGGUGUUUCUCUCAGUCCCUAGCGUUGCCUGAGGUAUCUCAGUCUGAAACAGUGAGUUGGUUCUGUUCUGUCUGUCUGAUUAACAGAAGCGUUCGGGUUUUAAGGUCCAUAUCUAGAAGUCAGUGGUUCCGUCAACGGAUCCGCUCACAUACAACUUCCGUUCCGUGCCAGCGAUUCCUGACAGGAUCCCUCCGUUCUGUUGACCUCUCACGGCAGGAAGGACGGUUGCUUUUCUGCCUGCUCUCUCUCUCUCUCUCUCUCUCUCUCUCUCUCUCUCUCUCUCUCUCUCUCUCUCUCUCUCUCUCUCUCCACCACAGAUGCUGCAAUUGACAGCUGGCAGGUGGACACACACACACAUCGACACACACAAAAAUCAGCAUCCUUGCAUCCAUAUAGAAACUAUAAGAAAAUAACAUAGCUUUGAGAUGAGUCAACAAAAAAACGUACACACCAGCAGCAUCUGUUGUGAGGAGACCUGAGGGACUCAUUAUUCCAUCUGAACAGAGAGAAGACGGGAGAAGGAGGAAACGGCAUAUCUGUUCUGUUCUGGCCAACAGAGAGAGAGAUGGAGCCUGUGACAGAUUGCAUGGCGGCGUGACAGACAGACAGACGGCCAGUCUGAUAGUUGGGUUUUCUCUGCUACAAAGACAGCCUCAACGUCAAGGCGAAUGGGACUAAUGCACAUUUACUGUGUGGCUGGGUGUGUGAAUAAUUGCUUGUUUGUCUGUGCGUGGUUGUGUGUUUUGUAAUUGUGUGUGUUUGUGUGUGUACCUGCAUAUGUGUGUGUGUGUGACCGUUGAUUUGUAUGUUAGAGUGUUUGUGCCGUGGUGCAUGCCCAAUUCUACCUAUGGCCAGCUGGCUGGCUGGAGGUUUCAAACGCAGCACAGGCUAUAGAGGAGCUCAUUACAGCUCAUACUCAUUACCCAAUUACCUCUCUAGUCUGAGAAGCUCUUAUCCAAUCAGUUCACUGGAUCUCAUACCUAAUCAGCUGUCCCAUCAUAUCUCUAUUCUCUGCAUCUCAUACCCAAUCAACUCACUGUUCUCAACCUCUUUGCCAAUCGGCUUACUGAGCUCGCCAACUGCAUUGUUUUGGCCAAGGGGAUUUAAAGAAACCUACCCACAUUAAUUGUGUAUGUGUGAUACAUUUCUGUGUUCACUACAGUCAGUGCUGCUUCUGCAAAUAUUGACAUGAGAGGAGAGGCCAAAUCCUCUCCCAGGGUGGAUGACCACCCAUGUAGUGUGUGUGUGCAGAAGCAUUUAUCAAACGUGGGAUACGUCGCUGGGCUGAAAGCAGAGUGCCAUGUCAACAGAGGGUCCAGUCCUACUGCUGCUGCUGUAAGUCACAGAGUUUCCAAACAAACACAGGCCUCAGUGUUAACACUAUCCUCCAUUAACUCUGCUCUGUUUAUCAGACUGGCUGGCUGGCUGCAUUACUACUCUUGUCCCUUUUUGCUGCUAUAGACUAGCGACAGCCAAUGAAUAUGACCAAAGUAUCCCUUGUUGGACAGUAGAGUGGUAAAGCAUGGUUGUUGUUUUGAUUGUGUAGUAGUUUUCUGAGCUAUAGGGUGAAGUGUUUUUCUCUCUGUAUUAUUUCUCUCUGAAGUACUUUACCCACAUAUUUACAGUUGGUUAGUUAUCAGUGUAUCUGCAGUCCCUGGUGGAGCACUCAGUCAGUCAGCGUGGUGUUACUCCUUAAGUUCCCUGAUGCCUCUGUGGCCCAGAGCGAUUUGGGUUCCUACCAGAUACUCAGUCUGAUAGUUUACUACAACAGAGAAACAGGAUGCAGACAGACUCUGGCUGGGUAGGUUCAAAACCUCUUAGAGUCCAUUACUCCUCUCUCUCCUGUCCCUAGUCCCGGUCCUAACCAGGUUUCCAUCGACCCAGGCCUGCUCCGGGCUGGAUAGUGUGACGGUGGGCUCUGUGGUGGGUAGAAGGGCUGGACAGGGCCUGGCGAGGCCGGUGGAAAGGCUGCCUGCUAAGUGAAUCAUCAGUGUAUUCUGAGAAGAGAACAGUCAGCCAUUCAGGCUGGUCGAUAAUACGGUGGAGUGGAGCUGGGGCCAACCCCCACUCGCUGAUUACUCACUGUACAACCAUGCAUCUCAACAUCACACACUGCUCAACGACAGAUAGAGAUACAAGGGGGGUGUGUGCUCGUGUGUGUGUGUGCGUGCGCGUACACACAUAUUUUUGUCUCUGGGUGCAUGUUCUUGUACAUAAAAUUGGCUUCCUCUUUGCAACGUUGCUCCUAUUUUCUUAGUAUCUCUCCAUACAUAGCCUUUCUGUAUUUAUGCAACAACCUCUCUCUGCGAGUCAGAGGGAAUAUUCUGGCUGGGAGAAAUAAGGCUUCUCUGUUCUAUUCCUGCUCUGCCUCUGAAAUAUUUACAUGGAAAAAAUAGAACCCAGAGGACUGGAGACAGAAGGAGGGAGGAUGAGGAGGAGAUGAGACUCCAUGGAACAAGGGAUGGGUAGGGAGCAGGGAAAGAGGAGAAAGAGUGAGAUGGAAGGGGAAGACAAAUGUUAAUAAUAAUAAUAGGUCAUUUAGCAGACGCUCUUAUCCAGAGCGACUUACAGGAGCAAUUAGGGUUAAGUGCCUUGCUCAAGGGCACAUCGACAGAUUUUUCACCUAGUCGGCUCGGGGAUUAGAACCAGCGACCUUUCGGUUACUGGCACAACGCUCUUAACCACUAAGCUACCUGCCUCCCCUUGCAUCAAGAAUUCCCCUUGCAUCAAGUAUAUGCCCAGGCAAACACACACAGAGAGAGAGAGAGAGAGAGAGAGAGAGAGAGAGAGAGAGAGAGAGAGAGAGAGAGAGAAGAUUCUCAAGGACAAAGGAGGAUGAUAGCUGAGAAUAGAUGGUGUUGGGGGAUGGAGAGGAGAAGAGGAUAGGAGGGGCUGGGGGGAUCGUAAAGCUAGUUGUUAUCUGUGGAUGAGCUGAGGUACACAAACACACACACACACACACACACACACACACACAAACAAGCACAUGAGAGUGCUCAUACAUUACAGGGGAUCUACUCUGAUGCAGGAGCUAUAAGCAUCACUUCAUAGAAUUCAUUUUAUUUGACAUGCAUCUUAACAGCUCCUUUCAUAUCACUAUUACAGUGUGUUGGAGGUGCCUAUCACAUAAUACAGAUAAACUGGUAUACAAUACAGAUGACAUGUCACAUUGGUAUUCAUAUAUUCACCUUCAUUCUAAUUUUUCCACUGAGGGAGUGAUGUAUGUGGAGAGAGAGAGCGAGAGGAAGUCAUCUUGUUUUUCGUCAAUGGCUGUUUCCUGUGUGUUUGUUUGAAGAGCAGGACGUGUAGCUGUAGUGGGGUGUUUUGAAAGAUGCUUCCUGUCUGACUCACAUGGCUCCAGCCAGACAUAAUCCUCCAAACCGCUUGGCUUUUCUAUGAAAAACAGCACAGCAUGGUCUGCCAGUCAAUAUUUUCUCCCUCUAUGUCUCCACACCCAGAGGAACAUACAAAAACACCAUCCAAAAAAGAAUUGCAUGUCUUUCUUCCCCAUCGCUCCGUUUUUGUACUUCCCUCCCUAUCGCUCUGUCUCUAGACUUUAAACUAGCAGACCUGGAAGCAGUGCAGCAGUGAAAAUACACAGCUGUCUGUCUGAUAGAGAGAAAGCAGAGCAGUACUUUAUCUGAGGCCCAUAUGGUGCCACAUGAGGAAGAGGACACCUUCUCUGUUUGGCCCUAGCAGGGGCCGGUACGGGGCCGGAUUCCUUGUUGAUUGACAGGUCAAAGCACUGACAGGAUGGAAGUGAGUGUUAGGGCUUGUUCCGGUCCGAAGUGUCAAGCUCCACAUGAAGAGUCAGAGCUGCUUCCCUCGGUCUUCCUGUCAUUCUGGAUAGAGUGUUCCGUAUGUGUCUGACUGGCCAGGGUCCAGGGUCCGUGGAGGGAGGGAGGGAGCAAAAAAAGAAAAAAACAUUGAGAAGCAUAGCCCGCCAGCUGGUUGUGGGGCUUUGUUCACAAAUACAAACAGACCCCACAGAGCCCCAGGACAGCAACAUAAUUAGACCCAACCAAAUUAUGAGAAAACAAAAAGAUAACUACUUGACACAUUGGAAAGAAUAAAACAAAAACCAAAGUGAGUACACAGUGGCAGAAUACCUGUGAGUGGCCCAAAACUAAGAAAAGCCUUGACUAUGUACUAGGAAUGUUUGGUCGUUAGGCUGUUGGUCGACCGAGAUUGUUUUAGUCGAGCAGUAACAAAUAUACACUACCGUUCAAAGGUUUGGGGUCACUUAGAAAUGUCCUUGUUUUCGAAAGGAAAUAAAAAAAAAUGUGUCCAUUAAAAUAACAUCAAAUUGAUCAGAAAUACAGUGUAGACAUUGUUAAUGUUGUAAAUGGCUAUUGUAGCUGGAAAUGGCUGAUUUUUAAUGGAACAUCUACAUAGGCGUACAGAGGCCCAUUUAUAGCAACCAUCAGUCCUGUGUUCCAAUGGCACGUUGUGUUUGCUAAUCCAAGUUUAUAAUUUUAAACGGCUAAUUGAUCAUUAGAAAACCCUUUUGCAAUUAUGUUAGCACAGCUGAAAACUGUUGUGCUGAUUAAAGAAGCAAUAAAACUGGCCUUCUUGAGACUAGUUGAGUAUCUGGAGCAUCAGCAAUUGUGGGUUCGAUUACAGGCUCAAAAAGGCCAGAAACAAAUAACUUUCUUCUGAAACUCAUCAGUCUAUUCUUGUUCUGAGAAAUGAAGGCUAUUCCAUGCGAGAAAUUGCCAAGAAACCGAAGAUCUCGUACAACGCUGUGUACUACUCCCUUCACAGAACAGUGCAAACUGGCUCUAACCAGAAUAGAAAGAGGAGUGGGAGGCCCCGGUACACAACUGAGCAAGAGGACAAAUACAUUAGAGUGUCUAGUUUGAGAAACAGACGCCUCACAGGUCUUCAACUGGCAGCUUCAUUAAAUAGUACCCGCAAAACACCAGUCUCAACGUCAACAGUGAAGGGGCGACUCCGGGAUGCUGACCUUCUAGGCAUAGUUGCAAAGAAAAAGCCAUAUCUCAGACUGCCCAUCUCAAUCUUUUCUUUUUAUUGGCCAGUCUGAGAUAUGGCUUUUUCUUGCAAAGUGGAAGAUUUUUUAUUUAUUAUUAUUAAUGAAAAAUACAACUAAUAUAUCUUGAUUAGAUAAGUAUUCAACACCUUGGGGCAAUACAUGUUAGAAUCACCUUUGGCAGGAUUACAUCGUUGAGUCUUUUUAGGUAAGUCUCUAAGAGUUUUGCACACCUGGAUUGUACAAUAUUUGUCCAUUAUUAUUUUUUAAACUCUUCAAGCUCUGUCAAGUUGGUUGUUGAUCAUUGCUAGACAGCCAUUUUCAAGUCUUGCCAUAGAUUUUCAAGAUGAUUUAAGUCAAAACUGUAAUUAGGCCACUAAGGAACAUUCAAUGUCAUCUUGGUAAGCAACUCCAAGUGUAUAUUUGCAAGUGUAUAUUUGGUAUUGAGUUUUAGGUUAUUGUCCUGCUGAAAGGUGAAUUUGUCUCCCAGUGUCUGUUGGAAAGCAGACUGAACCAGGUUUUCCUCUAGGAUUUUGCCUGUGCUUAGCUCUAUUCCAUUUAUCUCUAUCCCCCCCAAAAAAACUCCCUAGUCCUUGCCGAUGACGAGCAUAUCCAUAACAUCAUGCAGACACCACCAAGCUUUAAAAUGUGAAGAUUGGUACUCAGUGAUGUGUUGUGUUGGAUUUGCCCCAAACAUAAUGCUUUGUAUUCAGGACAAAAAAUUAAUUUCUUUGCCAUUUGCCUCAUGGUGAAAUCCCUGAGCGGUUUCCUUCCUCUCCGGCAACUGAGUUAGGAAGGACGCCUGUAUCUUUGUAGUGACUAGGGUGUAUUGAUACACCAUCUAAAGCAUAAAGGGAUAUUCAUUGUCUGCAUUUCUUUUUUUACCGAUCUACGAAUAGGUGCUCUUCUUUGCGAGGCAUUGGAAAACCUCCCAGGUCUUUGUGAUUGAAUCUGUGCUUGAAAUUCUCUACUCGACGGAGGGAGCCUACAUAUAAUUGUAUGUGUGGGGUACAGAGAUGGGGUAAUUAUUAAAAAAUCAUGUUAAUCACUGUUAUUGCACACAGAGUGAGUCCAUGCAACUUAUUAUGUGACUUGUUAAGCACAUUUUUACUCCUGAACGUAUUUAAGCAUGCCAUAACAAAGGGGUUGAACACUUAUUGACUCAAGACAUUUCAGCUUUAAAUGUUUUAUUAAUUUGGUGACAUUUCUAAAAACAAAAUUCCACUUUGACAUUGUGGGAAUCUUAAUAUAAUUCAUUUUAAAUUCAGCCUGUAACACCACAAAAUGUGGAAAAAUUGUGCAGCUCUCUCUCUCUCGCUCUCUCUAAGAGGCGUAGUGCUUAUAUGUCAAUUAACGUACAGUGAGGGAAAAAAGUAUUUGAUCCCCUGCUGAUUUUGUACGUUUGCCCACUGAUAAAGAAAUGAUCAGUCUAUAAUUUUAAUGAUAGGUUUAUUUGAACAGUGAGAGACAGAAUAACAACAAAAUAAUCCAGAAAAACGCAUGUCAAAUCAAAUCAAAUCAAAUCAAAUCAAAUUUUAUUGGUCACAUGCGCCGAAUACAACAGGUGCUGACAUUACAGUGAAAUGCUUACUUACAGCCCUUAACCAACAGUGCAUUUAUUUUAAACAAAAAAGUAAGAAUAAAACAACAACAAAAAAGUGUUGAGAAAAAAAGAGCAGAAGUAAAAUAAAGUGACAGUAGGGAGGCUAUAUAUAUAGUAAAAUAAAGUGACAGUAGGGAGGCUAUAUAUACAGGGGGGUACCGUUGCAUAGUCAAUGUGCGGGGGCACCGGCUAGUUGAGGUAGUUGAGGUAAUAUGUACAUGUGGGUAGAGUUAAAGUGACUAUGCAUAAAUACUUAACAGAGUAGCAGCAGCGUAAAAAGGAUGGGGUGGGGGGGCAGUGCAAAUAGUCCGGGUAGCCAUGAUUAGCUGUUCAGGAGUCUUAUGGCUUGGGGGUAGAAGCUGUUGAGAAGUCUUUUGGACCUAGACUUGGCACUCCGGUACCGCUUGCCGUGCGGUAGCAUGUCAAAAAUGUUAUAAAUUGAUUUGCAUUUUAAUAAGGGAAAUAAGUAUUUGACCCCCUCUCAAUCAGAAAGAUUUCUGGCUCUCAGGUGUCUUUUAUAGAGGUAACGAGCUGAGAUUAGGAGCACACUCUUAAAGGGAGUGCUCCUAAUCUCAGCUUGUUACCUGUAUAAAAUACACCUGUCCACAGAAGCAAUCAAUCAAUCAGAUUCCAAACUCUCCACCAUGGCCAAGACCAAAGAGCUCUCCAAGGAAAAGAUUGUAGACCUACACAAGGCUGGAAUGGGCUACAAGGCCAUCGCCAAGCAGCUUGGUGAGAAGGUGAAAACAGUUGGUGCGAUUAUUCGCAAAUGGAAGAAACACAAAAGGACUGUCAAUCUCCCUCGUCCUGGGGCUCCAUGCAAGAUCUCACCUCGUGGAGUUGCAAUGAUCAUGAGAACGGUGAGGAAUCAGCCCAGAGCUACACGGGAGGAUCUUGUCAAUGAUCUCAAGGCAGCUGGGACCAUAGUCAAAGAAAACAAUUGGUAACAUACUACGCCGUGAAGGACUGAAAUCCUGCAGCGCCCGCAAGGUCCCCCUGCUCAAGAAAGCAUAUAUCCAGUCCCGUCUGAAGUUUGCCAAUGAACAUCUGAAUGAUUCAGAGGAGAACUGGGUGAAAGUGUUGUGGUCAGAUGAGACCAAAAUCGAGGUCUUUGGCAUCAACUCAACUCGCCGUGUUUGGAGGAGGAGGAAUGCUGCCUAUGACCCCAAGAACACCAUCCUCACGUCAAACAUGGAGGUGGAAACAUUAUGCUUUGGGGGUGUUUUUCUGCUAAGGGGACAGGACAACUUCACUGCAUCAAAGGGACGAUGGACGGGGCCAUGUACCGUCAAAUCUUGGGUGAGAACCUCCUUCCCUCAGUCAGGGCAUUGAAAAUGGGUCGUGAAUGGGUAUUCCAGCAUGACAAUGACCCAAAACACACGGCCAAGGCAACAAAGGAGUGGCUCAAGAAGAAGCACAUUAAGGUCCUGGAGUGGCAUAGCCAGUCUCCAGACCUUAAUCCCAUAGAAAAUCUGUGGAGAGAGCUGAAGAUUCGAGUUGCCAAACGUCAGCCUCGAAACCUUAAUGACUUGGAGAAGAUCUGCAAAGAGGAGUGGGACAAAAUCCCUCCUGAGAUGUGUGCAAAUCUGGUGGCCAACUACAUGAAACGUCUGACCUCUGUGAUUGCCAACAACGGUUUUGCCACCAAGUACUAAGUCAUGUUUUGCAGAGGGGUCAAAUACUUAUUUCCCUCAUACAUUUUUUUGUUGUUAAUCUGACUCUCUCUGUUCAUAUAAACCUACCAUUAAAAUUAUAGACUGAUCAUGUCUUUGUCAGUGGGCAAACGUACAAAAUCAGCAGGGGAUCAAAUACUUUUUUCCCUCACUGUAUAUGGGUGGUAUAGCUGUUGAUUGUGUUUUAAAUUGGGGGAGAGCAGAAAUGUGGAUACUUUGAGCUAAUUAGCCGGUUAGGAUACAACGAUAAUUAGCUUGGUAGGGCACUCAAAUAUUGUGCAGAAUAUUAUGUUUCAUGUACUGUCAGUAUUAUACCUGUGAUGGAGCAUUUUCAUUGGCUGAUGCAGGUGCUUGAUUCUAUAGCUGGCUUUACUAGUCUUCCCUGUGUGAUGACAUCAUUAAUGGUGGCUUUUAAAGAGUCCCAGUAAUGUGUGUGCUUUCCAGUGGCUUUAUACAGUGGGGGAAAAAAGUAUUUAGUCAGCCACCAAUUGUGCAAGUUCUCCCACUUAAAAAGAUGAGAGAGGCCUGUAAUUUUCAUCAUAGGUACACGUCAACUAUGACAGACAAAUUGAGAAUUUUUUUCUCCAGAAAAUCACAUUGUAGGAUUUUUAAUGAAUUUAUUUGCAAAUUAUGGUGGAAAAUAAGUAUUUGGUCACCUACAAACAAGCAAGAUUUCUGGCUCUCACAGACCUGUAACUUCUUCUUUAAGAGGCUCCUCUGUCCUCCACCCGUUACCUGUAUUAAAGGCACCUGUUUGAACUUGUUAUCAGUAUAAAAGACACCUGUCCACAACCUCAAACAGUCACACUCCAAACUCCACUAUGGCCAAGACCAAAGAGCUGUCAAAGGACACCAGAAACAAAAUUGUAGACCUGCACCAGGCUGGGAAGACUGAAUCUGCAAUAGGUAAGCAGCUUGGUUUGAAGAAAUCAACUGUGGGAGCAAUUAUUAGGAAAUGGAAGACAUACAAGACCACUGAUAAUCUCCCUCGAUCUGGGGCUCCACGCAAGAUCUCACCCCGUGGGGUCAAAAUGAUCACAAGAACGGUGAGAAAAAAUCCCAGAACCACACGGGGGGACCUAGUGAAUGACCUGCAGAGAGCUGGGACCAAAGUAACAAAGCCUACCAUCAGUAACACACUACGCCGCCAGGGGCUCAAAUCCUGCAGUGCCAGAUGUGUCCCCCUGCUUAAGCCAGUACAUGUCCAGGCCCGUCUGAAGUUUGCUAGAGUGCAUUUGGAUGAUCCAGAAGAGGAUUGGGAAGAAUGUUCAUAUGGUCAGAUGAAACCAAAAUAUAACUUUUUGGUAAAAACUCAACUCGUCGUGUUUGGAGGACAAAGAAUGCUGAGUUGCAUCCAAAGAACACCAUACCUACUGUGAAGCAUGGGGGUGGAAACAUCAUGCUUUGGGGCUGUUUUUCUGCAAAGGGACCAGGACGACUGAUCCGUGUAAAGGAAAGAAUGAAUGGGGCCAUGUAUCGUGAGAUUUUGAGUGAAAACCUCCUUCCAUCAGCAAGGGCAUUGAAGAUGAAACGUGGCUGGGUCUUUCAGCAUGACAAUGAUCCCAAACACACCGCCCGGGCAAUGAAGGAGUGGCUUCGUAAGAAGCAUUUCAAGGUCCUGGAGUGACCUAGCCAGUCUCCAGAUCUCAACCCCAUAGAAAAUCUUUGGAGGGAGUUGAAAGUCCGUGUUGCCCAGCGACAGCCCCAAAACAUCACUGCUCUAGAGGAGAUCUGCAUGGAGGAAUGGGCCAAAAUACCAGCAACAGUGUGUGAAAACCUUGUGAAGACUUACAGAAAAUGUUUGACCUGUGUCAUUGCCAACAAAGGGUAUAUAACAAAGUAUUGAGAAACUUUUGUUAUUGACCAAAUACUUAUUUUCCACCAUAAUUUGCAAAUAAAUUCAUUAAAAAUCCUACAAUGUGAUUUUCUGGAUUAUUUUUUCUCAUUUUGUCUGUCAUAGUUGACGUGUACCUAUGAUGAAAAUUACAGGCCUCUCUCAUCUUUUUAAGUGGGAGAACUUGCACAAUUGGUGGCUGACUAAAUACUUUUUUCCCCACUGUACGUAUCUCAUAAGAUCAUACUCUAUAUAGCAGGGAUCAUCAACUAGAUUCAGCUGCGGGCCGAUUUGGAACAUAAUUACGCUUAAUUUGUAGACUGCGAAUUGACCGCAAGAAUUCCUAACAUAUAUAAUAUUUGACUAAAACAUAAUUUCAAACCUUGCUUACGUUUGUAUACGAUCAUGUGUCUCUCUAUUAUGUGUGGAAUAGUUGGGAACAGAUUUCUUAAAUAAAAAUCACUUGGAUCUGAUUUCCUGGUGUUGUUAUGGUCUUUUAUGUCCAACAAUGACAAUGCUAAUCCAGUUUGGGAACCCUGCUAUAUAGGAUGUGUGUAGGAUUUUGAUUUGGGCUGUAUUGUUGACUGUUGGUUUGACAUCAUCAAAAGUGGCCAUGGUACAAUUGUGAACUUAUAUGUGUUAAUAGAAACCUCCCCCAGCUUCUGUAGCACUACAAUCUUAUCCCAGACUAGAUUCUCUCCAUAGAACUGUAACUGAACAGAAUAGUCUUUUGUGUGUUUUAAGGUGGCAGUAGAAAGCACUCUCUCAGACAGAGCAAGUGGGUCGAUAUCAAACACAGUGCCAACAGCAGAAACUCUUUGUUUUUCCAUUCUUCUGUGGCUGAAAGAUGGAUGCAGGCUUUAAGUCGGUCUUUAUUUCAACUGAAUGUACUGAGCACUCAAGAGCAUUGUACUCAGCUAGCUGGUAUAGAAGUGGGUGUGUGUGUGUCUCUGUGUGUGUGUGUGCAGAGCUCUGUAAAACAACACAGUAAUUGAACAAUUAGGCCUAUCACAAUGAGCCUACAUUUCCUCAUCCAACAAUUUGCAUAUACUGUAUAUCUUUUUUUUUGUAUAUGUCUGCCAGAAAUGUACGAAAAUGGACAUUCUCCUUCUGACAACAGAAAACAAGAAAUGAGUUGUCUCCUGUGAAUGACAAUGCUUUUCUUUGCAACACUUCACUCGCUGUAGAUAGACAAUAAGAUUAAACAGCAUGUGGUUUGAGAGGUAGAUAGAAAGGGAGACAGGGCACAACACAAUAUAUUGUUCUUGUUCAACAGAGAUUAAGAAAGAGAGAUUUCUCUGAGUGAAAGUGCCUGAGAACAUGCUAGCUGAAUGUGAUGGGAAACGUGUGUGUGUGAAUGUAUUUGUGAACAUGUAUUGAUUUAAGAUAAUAAAGGAAACUUCCGUAGGGCGUUGGGCCACCCAUGAGCCAGAACAGCUUCAAUGCACGUUGGCAUAGAUUCUAAAAGUGUCUGGAACUCUAUUGGAGGGAUACAACACCAUUCUUCCACAAGAAAUUCCAUAAUUUGGUGUUUUGUUGAUGGUGGUGGAAAACACUGUCUCAGGCGCCGCUCCAGAAUCUCCCAUAAGUGUUCAAUUGGGUUGAGAUCUGGUGACUGAGACGGCCAUGGCAUAUGGUUUACAUCGUUUUCAUGCUCAUCAAACCAUUCAGUGACCACUCGUGCCCUGUAGAUGGGGGCAUUGUCAUCAUAUGGGGGCAUAGCCAUGGUAUCCAAAAUAACCCUAAGCAUGAUGAGAUGUUAAUUGCUUAAUUAACUCAGGAUCCAGCACCUGCUUUCAAUAUACAUUGUAUCCCUCAUUUACUCAACGGUUUCCAUUAUUUUGGCAGUUACCUGUAUAUGUAUUGUUGAGCUGAGGAGCCUUUCCCUCUUCCUCUCUUACAGUGUCUUCUCUUUUCAGACACACAUCUCUCUCUCUCUUUCCCUCUCUCUCUCUAUUUCUCUCACACACACACCCUCUCCCCCUGCGUGUUAACUAACUCUCUCUCUCCCCCUCUCUCCCUCUCCUCCAGAUCUCAUCUGAUGCCGAGGCUGAAGGAGUCUCGCAGCCACGAGUCAUUGCUCAGCCCCAGUAGUGCUGUGGAGGCCGUGGACCUCAGCAUGGAGGACGAGGUGCUCAUCAAACCUGUUCACAGCUCCAUCCUCGGACAGGACUACUGCUUCGAGGUGAGGGUCAGAACACAUGGAAACACACACAGACAGACACACAGAUGCACAUACAGUAAGCGCGCCCACAAGCAUGCACUCACAUACUCACAGCAUCUAAUUGAAGUCAGGGGCUGCAAAUACGCAGACACACAAGUGCACAGACACGCUUGUAUACACAAAAUGUGCUUUAUCCUGGGGAAAUAUAUUUAUUCAACGAGAGAGAUACACACUAGAGACACAUUCACUUGAACACACACCCACACAAUACACCUGGCAAGGCCCUCUUCAUUGAGAGCACACUCUCACAUACACACACACACACACACCACAGGAGCACUGCCUUGAGAUGAGCCUCAGUUAGCAUACACACGCGCGCACACAGCAGGACCCCGGUUCCAAAACGAGCCCUGCUGGCAGUAGACACGGCACUGAGAGGAGAGGAGAGUGAGUGACAAAGCACUCCAUGAGCGCUGUGUGAGCAGGCUGAGAGUUAAAAAUAACCUGCCAUUGUCUAGCGUGGACUGAAGAGGCCUUCACUGUUCUCUAUCACCUUCAUCGCACGACUCUCUCUCUCUCUCGCUCUCUCUUAGUUUUUUCUCGCAUAUGCGCUCUCUUUCUCUCUCUUUUUUUCUCUCUCUAGUAUAUUCUCUCUCUGUCUCUCUCUGGAAUAUUCUCUCUUUCUCUUGCAUAGGCUAUCUCUUUCUCUUUCGUUCUCUCUGAUGUCCAAUCACCACAGAGUGCUCUGUCCAAUCAUUCCUCUUUCAGCUCCACCAACCCUCUGUCAGACACCUCAUCUCACCGCACAGAGUAUGUGUGUGUAGUCUAAUAUUCGUAUAAUAAUAAUAAUAAUAUAGUAUGCCAUUUAGCAGACGCUUUUAUCCAAAGCGACUUACAGUCAUGUGUGCAUACAUUUUUACGUAUGGGUGGUCCCGGGGAUCGAACCCACUACCCUGGCGUUACAAGCGCCGUGCUCUACCAAUUGAGCUACAGAGGACCACGUCAACCAAGAUACGAUUAGCUGUACAAUAGUAAGGCAUUUUUCCUUCUGAUAUACUCUAUGUCCUGUGCCCUGUAUCUGUUUUCCAUGUAUGAAGGACAGUAGUCACUGUGUUGUGUUUCUCUGUGUUUCAGGUCACCACCUCAACGGGAACUAAAUGUUUCUCCUGUCGAUCGUCAGCAGAAAGGGACAAAUGGAUGGAGAACCUGAGGAGAGCCGUCCACCCCAACAAGGUGAGACAUGAUUGAGCAAGUGUAGGUUCAUAAAAAAAGAAAUAGAUGCUGACACACUGUUGGAGCCUCCUGUUGUGUUAACCAGACAACGUUGCACCAGAAGGUCUUUGUCAGGCUUCUGACAAAGGAAGGGGAUAAUCUAGUUCAAGUACAGACAGAGACUGUCUGGAUUCCAAACCUAUAACUCACAACUCAACAUGGGCCCUGGAAAGAUAGCAAGUGACCUAAUUGGAACUGAGCCAUUGAGUCAGACAUUUAGACAGAGACAGUUCAAUCAUCCACACUGUCUGGGAUACAGUAUGGUACAUCUGCAGUGGUGUGAUGGCCCUCCCAGUGAGACAGAGAGGCAGAGCCGUAAAGGGACACAGUCAGAACAGUCACCAGACUGCCAGUGUCAAACAGAGGGCCCAACGCACAUGUUCCCCUCUGUCGCUUUCCUCUUGGCUCAACACUUUUUCUUAAAUCACAACAGCGCAGAAAGACGGCAGGCGAACGGCUGACAUAUGGCUCCUCGCGUCAAGCCCCAAAAUAAUGCAAAUCUGACAGCACUCUCCCGCUUUCAUCUUUCUUUAUUUAGCAAAUGACUUGCUAAUUAGAACUUUAAGGAAAAAGUUUGGCUUUAAUCAGGUUGUUUUUUUUUCUUCUCAAAAUACUCUCUUGGCACAGAUAUGAAUCUUUCCAUCUCAACCUCGCAGGUUUUUAAUUAUUUUGGGAUUUUCCACAGAUUGGAUACAGUGUAAGUUUGCAUGUUUGUCCGUAAACAUCGAAGCUCUAAACAGACGUGAAGGCGUUUUUGAAACGACAAAUGUGAAAGAAAGUCUUUGUAGUGGGUGUUAAAUAACGUGUCAUAUACAAAACAGUCAGAAAGCCAUUUGCAGAGUUCUAUUCAUGAGAUAGUUAUUUUUUUACUGGUUAAAUUAAAUUAGCUUAGCAUAAUGAACUGUUUUUACAGUUGAAGUCGGAAGUUUACAUACACUUAGGUUGGAGUCAUUAAAACUCGUUUUUCAACCACUCCACACAUUUCUUGUUAACAAACUAUAGUCUUGGCAAGUCGGUUAGGACAUCUACUUUGUGCAUGACACAAGUAAUUUUUCCAACAAUUGUUUACAGACAGAUUAUUUCACUUAAAAUUCACUGUAUCACAAUUCCAGAGGGUCAGAUGUUUACAUACACUAAGUUGACUGUGCCUUUAAACAGCUUGGAAAAUUCCAGAAAAUGAUGUCAUGGCUUUAGAAGCUUCUGAUAGGCUAAUUGACAUCAGUUGAGUCAAUUGGAGGUGUACCUGUGGAUGUAUUUCAAGGACUACCUUCAAACUCAGUGCCUCUUUGCUUGACAUCAUGGGAAAAUCAAAAGAAAUCAGCCAAGACCUCAGACAAAUUAUUGUAGACCUCCAGAAAUCUGGUUCAUCCUUGGGAGCUAUUUCCAAAUGCCUGAAGGUACCACGUUCAUCUGUACAAACAGUAGUAUGCAAGUAUAAACACCAUGGGACCACACAGCCGUCAUACCACUCAGGAAGGAGACGCGUUCUGUCUCCUAGAGAUGAACGUACUUUGGUGCGAAAAGGGCAUAUCAAUCCCAGAACAACAGCAAAGGACCUUGUGAAGAUGCUGGAGGAAACAGGUACAAACGUAUCUAUAUCCACAGUAAAACGAGUCCUAUAUCGACAUAACCUGAAAGGCCGCUCAGCAAGGAAGAAGCCACUGCUCCAAAACCGCUAUAAAAAAGCCAGACUGCGGUUUGCAACUGCACAUGGGGACAAAGAUUGUACCUUUUAGAGAAAUGUCCUCUGGUCAAAAAUAGAACUGUUUGGCCAUAAUGACCAUCGUUAUGUUUGGAGGAAAAAGGGGGUGCUUGCAAGCCAAAGAACACCAUCCCUACCGUGAAGCACGGGGGUGGCAGCAUCAUGCUGUGGGGGUGCUUUGCUGCAGGAGGGACUGGUGCACUUCACAAAAUAGAUGGCAUCAUGAGGAAGGAAAAUUAUGUGGAUAUAUUGAAGCAACAUCUCAAGACAUCAGUCAGGAAGUUAAAGCUUGGUCACAAAUGGGUCUUCCAAAUGGACAAUGACCCCAAGCAUACUUCCAAAGUUGUGGUAAAAUGGCUUAAGGCCAACAAAGUCAAGGUAUUGGAGUGGCCAUCACAAAGCCCUGACCUCAAUCCUAUAGAAAAUGUGUGGGCAGAACUGAAAAAGCGUGUGCGAGCAAGGAGGCCUACAAACCUGACUCAGUUACACCAGCUCUGUCAGGAGGAAUGGGCCAAAAUUCACCCAACUUAUUGUGGGAAGCUUGUGGAAGGCUACCCGAAACGUUUGCAAUUUAAAGGCAAUGCUACCAAAUACUAAUUGAGUGUAUGUAAACUUCUGACCAACUUGGAAUGUGAUGAAAGGAAUAAAAGCUGAAAUAAAAAAUUAUCUCUACUAUUAUUCUGACAUUUCACAUUCUUAAAAUGAAGUGGUGAUCCUAACUGACCUAAGACAUGGAAUUUUUACUAGGAUUAAAUGUCAGGAAUUGUGAAAAACUGAGUUUAAAUGUAUUUGGCUAAGUUUAUGUAAACUUCCGACUUCAACUGUAAAUGCAGUAGAUACCGUGUAGGCCCAUUAAUAAUAAUAAUAUGCCAUUUAGCAGACGCUUUUAUCCAAAGCGACUUACAGUCAUGCGUGCAUACAUUUGUUUUUUUUUGUGUAUGGGUGGUCCCGGGGAUCGAACCCACUACCUUGGCGUUACAAGCGCCGUGCUCUACCAGCUGAGCUACAGAGGACCACAUGUGCAUUUUAAUCAGCUAUUGAUCUACUUAUUCAUGUUUAACAUUUUAAUUGCCCAUUAUAUGCUAAACUCCACCCACCCUCCCUGCACUCCAGUGAGUCAGCUUUAAUCAAGCACACCUCAAGUAUUUUAAAAUAUUUGAAAUAUGUUGCUGUUAUUUUUCCUUUUUUGAAAGGCUCGGAAACUACAAUGUUUACUGAGAGAAGCACCACAUUCCCAUAGAAAACUGCUAGUGGCACCAAUAUACCUGCAUACUAUUUGAGAUAUGUAUUAGAGGUCUGGCUACCACUGACCCUAACCCCUCCUCUCCUCUCCCUCAAGUAUUUGAAAUUAUUUGAGUUACAGUGAGUAUUUACAAGAGUCUAGACCCAGGUCUGUGAUCCAUCCCUGUCCCUAACCCAGCCCUCCCUCUCUCUAUCCCCACACAGGACAACAGCAGGCGGGUGGAGAACAUGCUGAAGCUGUGGAUAAUCGAAGCCAAGGACCUUCCUGCCAAGAAGAAGUACUUCUGCGAGCUGUGUCUGGAAGACACCCUGUACGCCCGCACCACCUGCAAGCUCAAGACCGACAACGUCUUCUGGGGCGAGCACUUUGAGUUCAACAACCUCCCGGCCGUCAAAAGCAUCACAGCCCACCUUUACAAGGACUCGGACAAGAAGAAGAAGAAAGACAAGAACAACUACAUCGGACUGGUCAACAUCCCUGUUGCCGCGGUGACGGGGAGGCAGUUUAUGGAAAAGUGGUACCCUGUGAGCACGCCGACGCCCAAUAAGGGUAAGACGCCAGGGCCCAUGAUCCGGAUCAAGGCCCGCUACCAGAGCAUGAACAUCCUGCCUAUGGAGAUGUAUAAGGAGUUUGCAGAGUACACCACCAACAACUACAUGUUGCUGUGCUCUGUGCUGGAGCCUGGCAUCAGUGUGAAGAACAAGGAGGAGAUGGCUUCUGCCCUGAUCCAUAUUCUACAGAGCACCGGCAAGGCCAAGGUAGGAACUAUGUAUGCACGCAUGACUGUAAGUCGCUUUGGAUAAAAGCAUCCGCUAAAUCAAAUAGAUUAUUAUUAUAUUAACAGGCAAUCAUAAAGAUUACUCUUUCACAUGCACAUUUACUUUUAUUUUACAAAUGUUUUGGUUAAAUACGCUGUCAAUGUUUGCUGUCAAAUACUUUGCUCAAGGUAGCAACUGCAACAUCAGUGUUGGCUAAGUAAGGUCAAUGUCUUUCAUCCUCAACAUGUAGGUAUCAGAACAGCUUAUGUUCUGUAUUACAGUGGUAUUCUGUGUCACCAAGUUCAAACUGAAGGCAAGUGAAGCCAAUGAAUGUGGUCAAUCCUGACUAAAUGCUUUUUAAAACUUUGACCUGGCCCAGCUGUAUUAGCAGACCUAGAGGCCAGACAGGUGAUUUCUUGUUCAUUCAACAGAGUCUUGACAUUUUCCUUUUAACCCUUAGUGGAGCAGGUGGCCUCAUGUUAGUUCAACAGAGAAAGUAUUAUAUCCCAAAUUGCUGUUAAUCCAUCCUCAGUUCUCCUUAAUUCACUCUCCUGCAGGGUUGUAAAGCUCAGAGAUGUUUGGGAUGGAUGUUCAACACAACAGAACAGAAGUGCUGGUGUUAGCUUUUGUGUUAUUAGGCCUAGAUUAACUCGCUGCAGUCUUAGCAUGUCUACAUUAGUCCUUUUUAAGUCUACCACGACGGGGGGGCAUUUUGGAGCCAUUUUGGAGAGAGUAUCUCUCAUCCAUGCAGCAGUCUACACUUUACCACACUGCUACACCCUCUCUCUCUCGCUCGCUCAUGCUGUUUUACUGGUUAUCUACUGCACUGCCUAUCAUGAGUCGUAUGCACAACUCAUUGGCUGCUGCCUCGGUAAGAGGAGGAUUCUUUUCUCUUUUCUCUUUAUGUUAUUUUCCAGUUGCCAAGGACAACUUGAGCGUCAGCCAGCCAGGAUGCUCUUGACAUUGCCUCGUGAACCAAGCUUUGAAGCUCCCUGACUUUCUCCCUCUGACUUUAGAGUGAGAUUGCCAUGAUGAACAAUUAGUACUUAAGAGGUCCUGCAGUAGAUUGUCGCUGUCCCUGCGCUGGGUUGGGUUCACACACACACACACACACACACACACACACACACACACACGUUACAAAGGUUCUAUAGGUCUCUGGAGAGAUGGUCACGCUGUUAAUUAGACCUAAUUAAUUACAGUGUCCCUGAAAAGUGUUAAACUUUCGCCUCUCCCUUACCUCUCUCCUCCCUCCCUCCCUCCUCUUUCUCCCUUACCUCCUUCCUCCCUCUGCCUGUCGUCUUCCAUGGAGACAGGUCAUUAAACUUUAAUACCAGCAGAGAGAAGCAGUUUCAAGGUUGAUUUACACCGGGACGUCUUUAUUGUCCCCACAAAUCUAUAUGUUUGCUACAUCACACAAUCCCAACGGAAGUAUUCCCUCAUUCUCUCUACACAUGUUUAUUGCGAGCAGACUAAUAAUUGAAAAGCCAGUAAUAGCUAUUAAAGGGAUAGACAGAAUCAAAUGGAUACAUUUAGCCUGUUCAAGAAUGUAUUGACUGAUUAAUUCAAUUAAAGCUGUUUUCCAUUUGGAUGCUAGUUUGGUUGGCUUCAGCUAAGUGGUCAGACAAGAAAACUACCCUCCUUCUUCUAAAAUGAUUAAACUAAUUAUGCAGUACAGUUUCUUAGCUCUAGAUUACCCUAAAAUCUUAGGCUACAUUCUUGAUGGAGCACUACACAGAUUGUAGCCCACAGCACCACAGCACACCCAAAAUAUUCCCAACUAAUAGUUCCUAUUAUUAGACUAUUAUCAGACCCAGGCCUAAUACUAUGCUGUGUAUAUUCAUAUCCUGACUUCCGCUGUGUGGUUUGUCCUUUUUACAAGCUACAUAUUAAGCCUUGGGCCAAACUUCCCUCUGCUCUGCUCUAAGUUAUUUUUAGGAAUAACUUCAUUUGCUGGCUGUUUUUUCAUCCAAGUCUAUGACUACUCUUUGGCCACAGCAACCGAAUACAUAUCUACAAAAUAUUUGUCAUCCACACAACAUCUACAUAAUCCUUGAGUGGAACCCAUCUGAUUUUUCAUUUAAAGGAAUCUGCCAUCUUAUCUGGCCAACGAUAGCAUCUGGAGAGCCAAAGCUCAUUUGGCUGGUUGUUUUUAUUAUCACAUUCAUUAACGUCUCUAUAUAUUAUGUCUGGCUGUUUUAGACCCCAUCUUGUUUAUUAUUUAGUCUUGUGACUGUGCCGAUGUAGCGUCUACAGAACAAGUCUAGACCUUUUGAUCCUCUACCGGUCUAUUUCUACUCACACAUACACACAAGCUAUUUCCAGUCCCUUCAUCCCUUCACCCUGCUGUUGAUUCUAAUAAUGCUGAUGUGAAGUCAGUUGUGGUAACAUUAGCAGCGUUAACCUAAGAAAGCGUGGAGACAAACUUUCCUCCGUGGUGCAUAGCAAUCAGCUGGGGAAUUAUGAUUACAGUCACUGGGGUGAAGAGACGUGUCUACCACUUGCCCUGUCAGGGAUAGAGUCUCUCUCUCUCUCUCUCUCUCUCUCUCUCUCUCUCUCUCUCUCUCUCUCUCUCUCUCUCUCUCGCACAUAGGCUGUGUAGCCCCUCUCUCUCUGUUGAUGUGUGUUGGGGUCUGGUUGGGGAGGGAGGAGGGGGAGGGGACUCUGGUGAUUACAGUGUGGUUGGUUGUUAAUAGCUGCUGCUGGUGCAGUUUCUUUAGGGGAUGAUGAUAAACACAGUGUUUUCUUUUUUAACACCAAGGAGGAUCUCCUUUAGUGCUCUCUCUCUCUCUCUCUCUCUCUCUCUCUCUCUCUCUCUCGCUAACACUCUCGCCCUCCCUCUCCCUCAUAUCCCCCUUCCUCUCUACAGUGAGGAAAAAAAGUAUUUGAUCCCCUGCUGAUUUUGUACGUUUGCCCACUGACAAAGAAAUGAUCAGUCUAUAAUUUUAAUGGUAGGUUUAUUUGAACAGUGAGAGACAGAAUAACAACAAAAAAAUCCAGAAAAAUGCAUGUCAAAAAUGUUAUAAAUUGAUUUGCAUUUUAAUGAGGGAAAUAAGAAUUUAACUCCCUCUCAAUCAGAAAGAUUUCUGUCUCCCAGGUGUCUUUUAUACAGGUAACGAGCUGAGAUUAGGAGCACACACUUAAAGGGAGUGCUCCUAAUUUCAGCUUGUUACCUGUAUAAAAGACACCUGUCCACAGAAGCAAUCAAUCAAUCAGAUUCCAAACUCUCCACCAUGGCCAAGACCAAAGAGCUCUCCAAGGAUGUCAGGGACAAGAUUGUAGACCUACAAGACCAUCGCCAAGCAGCUUGGUGAGAAGGUGACAACUGUUGGUGCGAUUAUUGGCAAAUGGAAGAAACACAAAAUAACUGUCAAUCUCCCUCGGCCUGGGGCUCCAUGCAAGAUCUCACCUCGUGGAGUUGCAAUGAUCAUGAGAACGGUCAGGAAUCAGCCCAGAACUACACGGGAGGAUCUUGUCAAUGAUCUCAAGGCAGCUGGAACCAUAGUCACCAAGACAACAAUUGGUAACACACUACGCCGUGAAGGACUGAAAUCCCGCAAGGUCCCCCUGCUCAAGAAAGCACAUAUCCAGGCCCGUCUGAAGUUUGCCAAUGAACAUCUGAAUGAUUCAGAGGAGAACUGGGUGAAAGUGUUGUGGUCAGAUGAGACCAAAAUCGAGCUCUUUGGCAUCAACUCAACUCGCCGUGUUUGGAGGAGGAGGAAUGCUGCCUAUGACCCCAAGAACACCAUCCCCACGUCAAACAUGGAGGUGGAAACAUUAUGCUUUGGGGGUGUUUUUCUGCUAAGGGGACAGGACAACUUCACCGCAUCAAAGGGACGAUGGAUGGGGCCAUGUACCGUCAAAUCAUGGGUAAGAACCUCCUUCCCUCAGCCAGGGCAUUGAAAAUGGGUCGUGGAUGGGGAUUCCAGCAUGACAAUGACCCAAAACACAUGGCCAAGGCAACAAAGGACUGGCUCAAGAAGAAGCACAUUAAGGUCCUGGAGUGGCCUAGCCAGUCUCCAGACCUUAAUCCCAUAGAAAAUCUGUGGAGCGAGCUGAAGGUUUGAGUUGCCAAACGUCAGGUUGGAAACCUUAAUGACUUGGAGAAGAUCUGCAAAGAGGAGUGGGACAAAAUCCCUCUUGAGAUGUGUGCAAACCUGGUGGCCAACUACAAGAAACGUCUGACCUCUGUGAUUGCCAACAAGGGUUUUGCCACCAGGUACUAAGUCAUGUUUUGCAGAGGGGUCAAAUACUUAUUUCCCUCAUUAAAAUGCAAAUCAAUUAAUAACAUUUUUGACAUGUGUUUUUCUGGAUUUUUUUGUUGUUAUUCUGUCUCUCACUGUUCAAAUAAACCUACCAUUAAAAUGUAUAGACUGAUCAUGUCUUUGUCAGUGGGCAAACGUACAAAAUCAGCAGGGGAUCAAAUACUUUUUUCCCUAAUUGUAUCUCUCCCUUUCUUGCUUUCUCUCUCUCCCUCCCUCCCUAUCUCUAUUCAAUUCAAUUCAAUUUAAGGGCUUUAUUGGCAUGGGAAUCAUAUGUGUGUACAGUGUACAGGCUUUCAUCCUCUCUCUCUCUUUCUCUUUCUCUCUUUCUCUUUUUUUUAAGGGGCUGUAUUGGCAUGGGAAACAUGUUGACAUUGCCAAAUAAACAAAAGUUAAAUAAAAAGUAAAGAUUAACAGUAAACAUUACACUAGCAAAAGUUCCAAAAGAAUAAAGACAUUUCAAAUGUCAUAUUAUGGUCAAAAGUUAAUGUACAAAAGGGAAGAUAAAUAAACAUAAAUAAGGGUUGUAUUUACAAUGGUGUUUGUUCUUCACUGGUUGCCCUUUUCUUGUGGCAACAGGUCACAAAUCUUGCUGCUGUGAUGGCACACUGUGGUAUUUCACCCAAUAGAAAUGGGAGUUUAUCAAAAUUGGGUUUGUUUUUUGAAUUCUUUGUGAGUCUGUGUAAUCUGAGGGAAAUAUGUGUCUCUAAUAUGGUCAUACAUUUGGCAGGAGGUUAGGAAGUGCAGAUCAGUUUCCACCUCAUUUUGUGGUCAGUGUGCACAUAGCCUGUCUUCUCUUGAGAGCCAGGUCUGCCUACGGCGGCCUUUCUCAAUAGCAAGGCUAUGCUCACAGAGUCUGUACAUCGUCAAAGCUUUCCUGAAGUUUGGGUCAGGAAUUCUGCCACUGUGUACUCUCUAUUUAGGGCCAAAUAGCAUUCUAGUUUGCUCUGUUUUUUUGUUAAUUCUUUCCAAUGUGUCAAGUAAUUAUCUCUUUGUUUUCUCAUGAUUUGGUUGGGUCUAAUUGUGUUGCUGUCCUGGGGCAACAGCCCAGACCUCACAACCAUAAAGGGCAAUGGGUUCUAUUACUGAUUCAAGUAUUUUUAGCCAGAUCCUAAUUGGUAUGUCAAAUGUUAUGUUCCUUUUGAUGGCAUAGAAGGCCCUUCUUGCCUUGUCUCUCAGAUCGUUCACAGCUUUGUGGAAGUUACCUGUGGCGCUGAUGUUUAGGCUGAGUUAUGUAUAGUUUUUUUGUGUGCUCUAGGGCAACGGUGGCUAGAUGGAAUUUGUAUUUGUGGUCCUGGCAACUGGACCUUUUUUGGAACACCAUUAUUUUUGUCUUACUGAGAUUUACUGUCAGGGCCCAGGUCUGACAGAAUCAGUGCAGAAGAUCUAGGUGCUGCUGUAGGCCCUCCUUGGUUGGGGACAGAAGCACCAGAUCAUCAGCAAACAGUAGACAUUUGACUUCAGAUUCUAGUAGGGUGAGGCCGGGUGCUGCAGACUGUUCUAGUGCCCUCGCCAAUUCGUUGAUAUAUAUGUUGAAGAGGGUUGGCUUAGGCUGCAUCCCUGUCUCACCCCACAGCCCUGUGGAAAGAAAUGUGUGUGUUUUUUGCCAAUUUUAACCGCCACUUGUUGUUUGUGUACAUGGAUUUUAUAAUGUCGUAUGUUUUCCCCCCAACACCACUUUCCAUCAAUUUGUAUAGCAGACCCUCAUGCCAAAUUGAGUCAAAAGCUUUUUUGAAAUCAACAAAGCAUGAGAAGACUUUGCCUUUGUUUUGUUUUUGUUUUUUGUCAAUUAGGUUGUGCAGGGAGAAUACGUGGUCUGUCGUACGGUAAUUUGUUAAAAAGCCAAUUUGACAUUUGCUCAGUAUUUUGUUUUCACUGAGGAAAUGUACGAGUCUGCUGUUAAUGAUAAUGCAGAGGAUUUUCCCAAGGUUGCGGUUUAUGCAUAUCCCACGGUAGUUACCCUUUUGUGGAUUGGGGUGAAUAGUCAGAGCUAAGGAUGAUGUUAAAGAGUUUAAGUAUAGCCAAUUGGAAUUUGUGGUCUGUAUAUUUUAUCAUUUCAUGGAGGAUACCAUCAACACCACAGGCCUUUUUGGGUUGAAGGGUUUGUAUUUUGUCCUGUAGUUCAUUCAACAUUUCUCUCUCUCUCUCUCUCUCUCUCUCUCUCUCUCUCUCUCUCUCUCUCUCUCUCUCUCUCUCAAUUCAAGGGGCUUUAUUGGUAUGGGAAACAUAUGUUUACAUUGCCAAAGCAAGUGAAAUAGAUAAUAAACUGCAACGCUCUCCCUUCCUCUCUAUCUCUCCCUCUCUCGCGUUCUCUUUCUCCCUCUCUCUCUCUCAUGCCUCAGUACGUUCUAAGGCUAGGGAUGUUUGAGGGGAUGUCAUUGAUGGUUCUGUAUCGCCAUCCACCCGGACGCCUUGGUUGUCACGGCAGUCACACAAUGCUGUAGGCCCGGGGAUGACAAACACACACACACUCACUCACACAUCAUAAGACAUCAGAGGUGUAGUUGGGAGGUCAUUCCUUUGUGUUUAUGCAUGAGGAAGACUUGUAAUUGUUGAGAAUGUUCCAGAAAACACAAGGUCAGAGUGCUUCUCUCUCCACACCUUUAUACAUCUUUCCAUCCCUUCCCUCAGGCAGCUUGUUCCACUCUCUGACCCAACCAGCAUCUCAGUGCAUUCACACAGCAGCGUUAGCCGCAGCACACAAACAUCAACAACAACAAGACGUCAUUUUGUUGGGGUGCCUCCAAGCAGCAUUCUCAGCAUCCACUUUUCUGUUGGUGAAAAUGACUUCGUAAACACUAUUGAUUUGAGUCUUCUUCUCCAGCCCGUUGUG